CGAUCUCACCGUCCAAAGACAAAAGAAACGAAACCAAGAACAACACGCAGAACCAACACAUCCACCAACACAGCCCCGCAAACACCGACCAGCCCCGCCAUCGAUCGAUUCGAUGGGCUCGAAACGUUCCGCGAAAGAAUCAGAAACCACCGAAUGCAAAUGCGAUAGCGACGGAGCACUGCAAAACCCCGAGAAGCGGUUGAGAGAAAAGGCGGUCCUGGAUUGCGCCACCGAAGGGGAUCUGUGUGGCCUAAAGGAGCAGCUGGCGUGGCUGCUACGGAGCAGCAGCCGCGGUUGUAGAAACAGCGGUUGUGGCACCGUAGGCACCAGCAGCAGCAGCACCGACCACCGCAGCGAGGAAACAACCGGAGAAUGGUCACGUUCGAAGCAGCCGCGUUUGCGCCCUCACGCUCCAAAAACCGGCGCCCCGGAGCAGUCUUCGUUUCGUCUCUCUGCUCUGCGGGACCAAAGGGGUUCGACCCCUCUCCAUUACGCGGCCGGAAACGGACACCUCGCCGUUUGCCGAUAUCUCUUGGAGACGGUCCGGGAAGAGGGGAGGGGAAAGCGACCGAGGCGUGAAGAAGAGGGUGAGCAGCAACGAUGGCAAAGGCUCAGAGAAGAAUCCACCAAACCAUUUCCCGCCACAUUUGAACCAGACCAAAACAACAACAUCGACGACAGCAGCAACUACGACGACAGUUACGAUGUUUCCAGCCCAUCCGAGCGCUACUACUGCAGUGAAUACGUCAAUCUCCCGAACCGCGCACAGGGCCGGACCGCACUCCACUGGGCGGCCCGGAACGGGCACCUCGACGUCUGCGAGUUCCUGGUGCUCGAGGGAGGAGCGAACCCGAACGCCCUGGCCAAAGGCGGGGUCACCCCCCUCCAGCUGGCGGUCUGGAUGGCGCACGUGGACGUGUGCCUGGCCCUGGAGCGCAUGGCGGGUGGUCUGGCGGGAGCAACCGCGAAAAAUACGCCGAGCAGCAACGCCAACGACGACAGCAACAUCGUGUGCCACGGAAAACAUUUCGUCAACUCGUGGGGCUGCUCGGUCCACCACUGGCUGGGAAAAUCACCCGUGUACGAGCAGGAACAAGCGAAACAAAAGCAGCACCCGAAUGCCGAAGCGGACCGCGACCACGUGGGCCGAACGGCAACCGAUCGCUUGCUGGCGCUCUGCCACUGGCUCGACGACGAAGACGGCGGGGACGACCGCAGCAACGACCAAGCCGACCCCUGGAACCGACCCAACGACCACGGGCAGACGCCGCUGCACAAGGCGGGCUUUGGUGGAAACCUGCCGGUGGUCCGCUUCCUGCUCGACACCAAGGGCCUUGCGGACGACCAACGGGAUUCACAGCACAACACGGCAGCGGACUGUGCCGAGCGCAACCAGCAGUGGGCCACGGCGAGGUACCUUCGGCGGCACGGAAACCCGGGGUGCCUCGCGCGGGCCAAGGCCCUUCUGUUGGGUCCGGAGGCCCCGGCGACUCCGGCUCUCUCGGAGGUCCGAGCGGCCUAUCAGAGGCUCGCAAGGCUCCGCCAUCCAGACCGCUGGAAAACGCACGGCGGGAACGACGCUGCCGGGGAACGCGACGGGAAUCGAUGCACGGACAACGCCGUGGAGCCACAAGAACACAGCGAUGCCGAACGUUGUUCCAGAGAAUGGGAAUCCCUUCAGCAGGCGUAUCGGCUCUGGACGCUGUGGUGGAAGGAUCCGGAGGAAGCCGAUGCCCUGAUACGGAGCCUCGAGCGCCACGAGUACUUGCAGGCGCAACUCCCGCUGCUGAUCCUGUGGCACGACGACUGGCACGCAGGCCGCCCACGGCAACAGAACCAAACAACGGAUCGCCAGAAACAGCAACACAAGCUACCGAGCAACACCGAUGGGAACCGCUCCGGGAGGAACCAAGAAAGCAGUCCUUCGCAAUCUUCCCCCAAGCGUCAAAAAGUGCGACCGCGGUCCUUCUCGCCAGAGGCCCGCUCGAGGCUGGACGACUUUGAGCGGAGGCUGGCCCGGCUCCUGGCGACACUUCCCGAACGCAGGAUUCCCCUGUCACAGCUCCCGAAGGAAUACGAAAAAACCUGGGGCCGGCGGAACGGCGGGGACGGCCAGGAGUCCUCUCGCCACGCCAUGAUCCGACCGAGGGACUACCGGUGCAAAAAGCUCGGGUAUCUCCUCGAGCGCCACUGUGCCCGGACCGUCGAGGUGGUGCACCUGCGGUCCUCGUCGUCCCCGGCAGCAGCUUCGUUGGCAUCCACCGCUUCCGAAGCGGGAACGAAGGGAAGGAUUGCGUGGGUGAGACUGAAAGAUACCACGAGCUAGGGAUAGGACUGCCGUACCAAAAAAGCUAGAAGAAGCGACAACGUUUCUAGGAAAUUCAAAACGAUGGGGAAGUCGAGAACUGGUGUCUAGUAGCAGUAGUAAAUAAUAUCAGUAUCAACAA